CCUGCAAAAUCAAAAUGGCGAAUGAAAGUGGCAUAUAUAUCCAGUAUGAAGUACAUAUCUGGACCUCCGACAUUCAUGGAGCGGGAACCGACUCCGAUGUAUUCAUACAGUUAAUUGGUACUGACGCAGAAACAGAAAAAAUUGAAUUACGUGACAGCAGUAAUAAUUUCGAACAAGCAAGGGAAGAUGAGUUUCUGCUUGAAGCUGCUGAUCUUGGUGACAUCAGGAAAAUAAAAAUUGGACAUGAUGGAUCUAGUUUUAUGUCUGGGUGGCAUCUUAAUAAGGUACUCAUUAAGAGGCGACCAAAAGCUGGAACAAAGAAGCCACAACGCCAAACAACACCAAACUAUGGCACAAGCUUAUACGAUGGAAUCGAAACAGAUGAUUAUUGGUUUAUCGUCGAUCGUUGGUUUGAUACAUCUGAAGACGACAAUAAAAUAGAAAGAGAACUGUUUCCAACGGAUAAGAAAGGCAAUCCGCUUUUUGUUACGGAAGAAAUGACGAGGGACAUAUCAACACCUUCAACGAAAGACGAAGCGACAACCAUCCAAUGUAGUCCAAACAUUGAAAGUCAAAAGAGUCCACAAUAUGAAUCUACAGAACGAACAAACAAUCGAGAUGAUCCUUUUUAUGUGCCAUCAGCUUAUGAUAAGGACCCGAAAGCUGAACUUGAAACUAUUAAGCAGUACAGGAAAAUACAUAAAAAUACAAUACUACCAGGUAAAACACCGAGUAGAAAAGGAGCAACAGACUCAUCAUUGACCAAUAAAGUCUAUUCACCAAUUCAAGAGGAGAAUACACAAGCAAUCUUAGAUAUCCACACCGAAGACAAUCAGUACUAUACAAAUGAUUUUCAGCAUAACCCUAGUCCAGAGAUAUCUUCUCCCUCAGAACUAUCUUUGUAUCUCAGUGGAGAGACUGAUGGAGCUGUCGGUUCCAUACGGCGGACAUUACAGUUGUUUCAAUGAUGCGACGUAUUCUUUACCAAAAAACAAAAAAAAUUAAAAAGACGACAAAGAGUAAAAUCUCCUUUGUAGAUAAAAUCGCCGGAACUCCUGGGAAAUUGACAAGGAUGUAAACUGUAUAUUCUCAGCCACCCUUGUUUUGUUUACAGUAUGUGGUAUGUGUAAGUCCGUGAUGAAUAUAAUGGAUGAAAGUAAGAUCAAAUGUUAGAAGGAUACAUAAAAGUCGAUUCAUUGUUAAGGUACUGUAACAAGGACAGCAAUGAACAGCAUGAACACAAGGCAUAUUGAUUAUUUUAAAUGCAUUUACCAAACAUGUUGCUAUACCAUAUACCGUUCCAAAGCUGAUUGUAACAGCCUUCAAUUUGGACUCCGUCUUCAAAUAUGUGUACGGUGCAAUUGCUGUCAAACCGACGUUUAAGGGUUCUUUAAAUUUUUUUUUAAAGUAUCUGUUAAAUGUGUAUUCUGGAGAGUAAAUAAUAAAAUGAUUUAUAAAAUUUGCAAGAUUUCUACAAAAAGAUAAAACAGUUCUAUUCAAAAGUAUUUCAAGAUAAUCAUGACGUACUUUUUAAAUAACAUUUUUUUUUUUUUCAGAAAUAAAGUAUUAAGGUAAAAUUGAUUGUAAGCCAAAAUAUUUGGAAAUAUAUAUAAACAGUUGAAUAUGACAACUCAGACAAUUGCCAUAAAUACAACCCUUUGAUUUUAACCCUUCUUGUAGUUAGUAUCAGGUUGAAUAAAAAAUGCGACAAAACAUGUCUCUAAAUUGACAAAAAGAAUUGUAAUUUUGCAAAAUAAAAAUGUCAAAGGGCAAUUUUCAUGAAUUUCUCUUACACGCAUUUGAAACGUGUUCCGAAUUAUUUUGUUUUACUAUUAUGUUGUGUCAUAGUAUAGAAGGGCAUUAAAUAUUGUAUGAUAUCUAAAACAUAAUAUAUCGUUGGAAUCUUGCAAAUAGCAAGUACAUGUACAAACAUUUCAUCAUAUAUCAUUGUUAUAAUACUAAUGAAACGAAUUUACCAAUUUGUCAGGAAUACACGUUGGUCAGUGAAGAAUGUAGCAUAAUAUUCGUUUGAGCUUUUUUGCAAAUGAACUGGUUUGCACUUUUGAAAGCCAAAUUCUCGCAUAAAUAGAAUAUUCUGUACUUCAGUGUAGUCACGAUUUUUAGCAUUAAGUAUUUAGAAGCAAAUACGUGACCUUAUGAUCAUGAAGGACGUCCAGUUUGAAAAUUAUAACUUUUUUUAUUUUUCCAGACCCUUUUGUAUUCGUUUAAAAAUUGACAAAAUCUUUCUUUCUAAUGCGGGAACUAACGUUAAUGUUAACCAGAAUUGUCUUCCUAUGCCCAGUUUCAUUUUAGACUGGCAGAAAUUUCACACAUGAACUACCGGGUUCAGUUGCUUUAUAACUUAUACAAAUAAGUUAAAAAAUUAACUUGAAAAUCUGCCUUUGUGAAUAAAAAGAUAGGUUAAUAUGUUUGCAUUUUGUAUUAGAA